UCCCAGAAGGAAAGAAAAUCUUACCAAGAUUCUCAGAUGGCUUAGACAAAUUAAUAAUAAUCUGUGAAAAUACGAAGUCGACCGGUUCUUGAUUUCCCCCUUCCCUCCCCUCCAGCUCCCCAGCCCACUGCUGAGAUUGAGAUAAAAGGACCUGUUUCCUGGAGGACGAGGAGAACAGACACGUUUCUGGUGGUAUAGAAGGGACCGAUGGCAAUGCUUCAGAGUGUAUUUGAGACGCAGGAAAGAGAUUCAACCUGUUAACAAAAAAAUUAAGCAGGGGGAAAAUAUCAACGGGAAGGAAAGAAAUAUAUAUAUACAUAUAUAUAUAUAUACACGUAUAUAUAUACAAUUUAGAAGUAUUCCCCAGGUGGCCACAAAGCAUGGGCUGUGUUCCAAGCACCAACCUCUCUGACAGCAGAGUGAUCUGUCACAGUAGCAAUGAGUCUGAGGAGUGCAAUUUCCCUCACCAGACCAACACAACCAUGUCUCAACAGCAGCAAGGCAACCCCGUCCCAGGAUUAUUCAUUAAAUGCUACAACACAUCCACUUAUGAGGCGAGGACUAAUUCCUCUAAGAAAGACAAGAGGGAGAACAGCCAGAGCAUGGAGGCAGAGGCCCAGACCGGCAGAUCCAGUGUUAAGGCACCAGUAACAGAUGUGCAGUUUGGCCCUAUGAGACUUCAUCAAGAUCAACUUCAGGUACUUUUAGUGUUUGCUGAGGAAGACGACCAGAGUAAUGGGUUCCGUUGGGCAUGUGAGAAAGCUGGAUUUCGAUGUAACAUUGCCAGGACACCUCAGUCUGCACUAGAAAGCUUUCUAGAUAAACACCAUGACAUUAUCAUUAUUGACCAUAGGCAUUCCAGACACUUUGAUGCAGAAGCGUUAUGCAGGUCUAUCAGAACAACGAAAGCCUCAGAAAAUACAGUCAUUAUUUGUGUAGUACAAAGGCAUACUGACCGUGAGGAGUCAUCAAUAUUGCCCCUGAUCUCUGCUGGCUUCACAAGGAGAUAUAUAGAAAAUUCCAGUAGAAUGGCCUGUUACAAUGAGUUGAUUCAGCUGGAAUUUGGACAGGUACAGGCACAGUUCAAACUAAGGGCGUGUAAUUCAUUAUUUACAGCAUUAGAGAAAAGCCAAGAAGCCAUUGAGAUCACAAGUGAAGACCAUGUAAUACAGUACGUCAAUCCUGCUUUUGAAACAAUGAUGGGCUAUCAAAUAGGUGAACUAAUACAAAAGGAAUUAACAGAAGUGCCUAUAAAUGAAAAAAAAGCUGAUUUCCUAGAUACUAUUAAUUCCUGCAUAAAGAUAGGAAAGGAAUGGCAAGGAAUGUACUAUGCGAAAAAGAAAAACGGAGAUAGCAUACAACAAAAUGUGAAGAUACUACCUGUCAUCGGACAGGGAGGAAAGAUUAGACACUAUGUGUCAAUUAGUAGACUGUGCAAUGACAACAAUAAGGUGGAGAAGACAUGUGAAUGUAUUCAGGCUGAAUCUCAGACAGAUACUCAGACUUGCAGACACAAAGACAUGAGGAAAGGAUCCCUAGAUGUCAGAUCCACCACAUCACGAGGGAGUGAUGGCAGCUCACAAAGGCGUCGCUCGUCCAUGGCCAGGGUACAUUCCAUGACUAUCGAAGCCCCCAUCACCAAGGUAAUAAACAUCAUCAAUGCUGCACAAGAAAGCAGUCCCAUGCCAGUUGCAGAAGCUUUAGACCGGGCUUUGGAGAUUUUAAGAACCACUGAAUUGUACUCUCCACAACUGGGGACAAAAGAUGAGGAUCCACAUACAAGUGACCUUGUUGGAGGGUUAAUGACAGAUGGUUUGCGAAGAUUAUCAGGGAACGAAUACAUAUUGUCAGCAAAACAAAUUCAUCAGGUCACUGGCAGUUUGAGCUCUCCAAUCUCCCUCAAUGACAUACCCCCACGGAUAACACAGGCAAUGGAAAAUGAAGAACAGUGGGAUUUCGAUAUCUUUGAACUUGAGGCUGCCACCCAUAAAAGGCCUUUGGUUUAUCUGGGUCUCAAAAUAUUUGCUCGCUUUGGAAUCUGUGAAUUCCUAAACUGUUCAGAAUCCACUCUGAGGUCAUGGUUACAAGUUAUUGAGGCUAACUACCAUUCCUCCAACUCCUACCAUAAUUCUACUCAUUCAGCAGAUGUACUACAUGCUACUGCUUACUUCUUGUCUAAAGAAAGAGUAAAGCAAACUUUGGAUCCAAUUGAUGAGGUUGCCGCACUCAUUGCUGCCACAGUCCAUGAUGUGGAUCACCCAGGAAGAACAAACUCUUUCCUGUGCAAUGCUGGCAGCGAGCUGGCGAUUCUCUACAAUGACACGGCGGUGCUGGAGAGCCACCACGCUGCCCUGGCUUUCCAGCUCACCACCCGGGAUGGCAAAUGCAAUAUAUUUAAAAACAUGGAAAGGAAUGAGUAUCGAACUCUUCGCCAGGUUAUUAUUGACAUGGUCUUAGCAACAGAAAUGACAAAGCACUUUGAGCAUGUCAACAAGUUUGUCAACAGCAUUAAUAAACCCUUGGCAGCGCUAGAAGAAAAUGGGAAUAAUGGUGAUGGAGAGUCAAUCAAAACUGUUCUCAGGUCUCCUGAAAACCGUAUCCUUAUCAAACGCAUGUUGAUAAAGUGUGCUGACAUUUCCAAUCCAUGCAGACCCAUAGAACAGUGUAUAGAGUGGGCUGGACGCAUCUCUGAGGAGUACUUUGCACAGACUGAUGAAGAAAGGAGGCAAGGUUUACCUGUUGUGAUGCCAGUUUUUGACAGAAAUACUUGCAGCAUCCCCAAAUCCCAAUUAUCAUUCAUUGAUUACUUCAUUAUUGAUAUGUUUGAUGCCUGGGAUGCAUUUGCAGACCUGCCAAAUCUGAUGGAGCAUCUGAAUAAUAACAUUAAAUACUGGAAAGGAUUAGACGGAAGGAAUCUGCGAGUCCUUCGACCACCACCAGAAUAGCAGUUGGACCAUGUAUUACAGUAAGGCUAGCCCAUGCACUUGGGGAACUUUCAAACUCAAGAGAACACAAGGUCAGCAGUUGACUUCCACGAACUACCAUGUGUGGACUCCGAUGAAAUAAGCCCACCAAGUGGAAUUACACUGGAUUGCUGCAGUACUUGUACUGAAGAGGGUUUAUUAGUGAACAUACUUUUGCGAUACCUUCAUACCAGCGUGUGAAGCUGGAAGACCUUGAAGAAUCCUCAUGGAAAGGACAUUCACUAGAAGAUUAUCUAUUAAUAGAGACUCACAGCUUUUAUGAGAAAGCUACAUGCUUUUUAUAAGCACUUAAGACAGUUACGUAGAACAAUCAAACACUUAAAAUGCAACUGUCUAUGAAAGAAUUUUUGAUCUAUGAAAAUAGAUGUACUGUAUUUUUUCACAUCACAGAAGGUGCAAUCAUUCACUUCUGAGCACUACUGAAAGUGAGUUCUCCUUAAGAAAUUUAGUAGCAAAUGUAAAAAAUAACACAAGAAUUUUUGAGGUUGAUCGUUAGCAUCUAUGAUUAAAAUGUUAUGUUUUAUUUAUUUUGUUAGAUGUUCAAUAUUUUCUAUGAAUUUAUAAAUACUUAAAAGCCAAAGCCAACUUUAGAUGCAUUAUAAAUUUACAUGAUUCAUACUCAUUAAUAUACAUUUAAUUGAUGUACAGACCUUUUAUUUUCAUAAUGCAAAUACAAAAUACUAUACAAUGAUACAUUUUUAUUGCACUGUAAGGAUAGAUGUGUAUGUUUAAAUAUUGUCUGAUUUAUGUUAAUUAAAAUAAGUUUUAUUGAAAAGGUCUCACUUGAGAAUAGUAGAAUAAACAUGAACUGUAUACUG